GAAUGAGAUACAGUUUAAUGUUUACCGCAUCUGGACUUAAACAUGCCAUGUAUGUAGACUAUAUGAUUAAGUCGAUUAUUACAUUAGUGUCUUAUUAUGCACGCUGAAAAUGAUAUGCGCCGGUUAAACUCUGAAUGCAGGGGAGAUGAAGUUGAUGUUAGAGACUAAACAGCAACCUGCUCUCUUUAAUGACAAACUUAGGAAUUCAAUGUACAGCUAUUUUUGUACAGCUAUAUCUUUUAAUGUAAAGGUUCACUGGAGAUCACUGAAGAAAAAAUGGUUGAACUGUUUGUUGUUUUAGUCAAUAUACAUUCAAUGAAAUACAGCUUUGGUGACUCUUCAGAUGUUUAGGUUUCUAAAAAAAAGUUAUUUUUAAUCUACGAGAUAAGAUCAUGGAUUACAGAUAGGUCUUUGUUUAGUGUCUUACCCUACAUUUAGCUUUUUUUUCCUCUGCUCUUAUUGAUAUAAUGUGUUGACACCGAGAUUCACUUUGACCCCUAUCAGUGAGGUUAUUCUGCCAAUUAGCUGUAAAAAACAAAUCAAUUCUUUUCUAUUACAGGCUCACAUUUAAAGCUCUUUGAUAGAAGUGCUUUUGCAGGGAUGGUCUAAUAGACUAUUGAUUUUUUGGUAAACGUAACACAUAACCAUUUUAAAUAGAAAAAGCAUACAUUAUUCUGAGGAUACUUCAGCAAAAAAAAGAAAAAAAAAGGGAGUAGGUCCUCUGAAAAUUUGAGGAUUUUUAAUUUUUUUUAAUAACAUUUAAAGUUAAGACGAUUAUCUAGGUGAGAAAAUAAUUUUAGCUCUUCAUCUCAAAAAAGUGACCAAAAGUUGAGUACUAAAGGAGGCCCGUUUGCCAACUACAGAUCAUGUUUUUUUAAUACUUUAGGUAGUGGGAAGCUGUGUUUAUUUGUGUUUGUUCACCAAAUAGUGUGACAGGUUAAGUUUUGGUCAUGAGGGGUCGACACUGUCGAUCAGGACGAACUGGAAGGAAGAGGAGGCAGAAACAACAGAGUCAUGUUGAUUCAGGUAUAGAUUUAAUUUACAGUUUUAUCAAUGCUUUUUGAGCACAUUCAGGCGUCUUCUGGUCAGCCUAAUCAACACUUUUAUUUCUCUUUCUGUCUCUUCAGUGUCUCUGUGCCAUCAGCCGCAGUAUGUGAGGCUCAUGAGGUUUCUUCACAAACAAGGUUUCGUGUCGACACUCCUUCAGCCAGCACUCUUCUCAGGUACGAGUCUACCUCUCAACCUUAGGGCUCAUUUGUUAUAUAGGAAGAAAAUUUUAAAUCUGUUAACUUAACAGCAUGUAGCAAUAAGAUAAUAGCAGUAUGUGUAAAAUAGUCUGCUACCAUAAAUCAACAUGAAAACUUUUCUGUGGCAAAAAUUAGUUAUAGUGUCCAAUGACUAAUGAAUAUAGCAGCCAGUCUGCUCUUCCAGGUCAGUUGUUUGAUCAGGAAUAAACCUAUCACCGCACUCACUGUAUGAAAUUAACAAUCAAACUGAUGGACUGAAGGAUACACUCUAAAGAUCUUUUGUGCCUGUUUUGUUCAUUCUCAAUCCAGACACAGGCAGAGGACUGCAAACUCUAAAGACCAUAAAGGUAAGUAUCAUAAAAUGCAACAUGGUAUUUAACUGAAUAAAACAAUUAUUCAUUGUGUAAAUACUUGUACAACAAUUAUUAUUGAAAAGUUGAAUACUUUUUAACAAUGGGAGUCAAGAAUGCAGUCAGUCAGGUCUGAGGAUAAGAUAAAAAAAAAUAAAAAACACCAAAUUUUGCUGAGUCAUGGUGACUCUUUUUUUUCUGUGUGUGCCAAUUUUCUUGACAUCUACAACACUGGAGAUGACAGUCAAACGAGCAUUAUUCAAAUGAUCAGACAUCCAACAUGUUAAGAUCAUAUCUCAUAUCCCACUGUGUUUUAUGAUACACACAGUUUAUAGCUUUAGAGUGUUCAUUUGGUUUAAAAGUCCAUGUUUUCAACUUUAAACUUAGAUAAAAUGAAAAGAUCCCGAAAAACAGAAGUCAGGAUAAAGUGCAAAGUCAUGUUAUCAGCAUGUGAAUCACUGUUUUGACCUUUAUCCUGAUAUAAACGUCUUACCUGUUCAGUGUAAACUGGUUUUACAAGAAUAUUCACUGUCCUCAAAUUGAAACUUUAACUUGAACUGAGGGUUUGAUCUGACUGACCACAAAACAUACAUCUUGCAAUUCAAGGCAUGGUUAUAUAAUAAGAUAGAUGAUCAUUUUCAAGGCAAGACAAUGCACUUUUUUUCUUUUCUUACAUUAUAUAAAACAGUUUUUGAGUUUUUAAAAUCAUAGUCUCCAUCUGUUUCUGUUCAUCUCUUAGCCUGGUCAGCUGCUAAUAUCUCUGCCAGAAUCUUGCCUCCUCACGACUGCGACUGUCCUGAGCAGCAACCUUGGACAUUACAUCAAGAGGUAAACCCACAUACAGGUUUUUCUUUGAAGGAGACAGCAGUAAAUGUAAAAAUACAAAGUAUAAAUUUGAAAAAAAAUGUAUACAGAUACAGAUGUGGAUUGCAACACAAACCAUAACAUCUAGAGCAACCUGAAGGCCUAUUCUCUAGAGCUUCACAGUUAUAGGAAUGUUUCUUUGGCUUUAAAACUUAUAAGAGGUGUCAAUUUGGAAUUUUUUCGUAUAUAUUUACACGUUAGGGUCGACUGACACUGUCAUUAUUUUUGUCCACGUAGUUGGAGACCCCGCCUCUCUCCUCUUCUUGCACUUUGUGUCUUCCUGGUGUGUGAGCGGCAUCGAGGGGAGGCCUCAGAUUGGUUCCCCUACAUCAGUGUGCUCCCCACUUCUUACACCUGCCCCGCCUACUUUACAGAUGACGUCAUGGCUGUUCUGCCUGCAAGCGUCAGGAGGCGGGCUUUAGAUCAGAGGGAGGCAGUGCAAGAAAUCCACUCCUCAAACCUGGACUUUUUCAGGUGAGUCCAGCACACAGAGCACUGGAGGAGGAUGAAGGAAAAACAUCAUUAACAUUGAAAUUGAUUUCUACGGUCUUCUCUCUAGUUGUGAGCAAUUCACUGAACGUCCUAGGUGACUUAUUCUGUAUUCAGAUCCCUGCAGCUAAUCCUGUCUCUGCCUGUUGAGGAUGUGCUGACAUAUGAAGCACUGAGGUAAAUACAUGUUCAAGUUUUAUUUGUCAGUCCGUCUCAAAUCUUGACAAGUGUGCAGAUAUUUUAUAGUUAAAACUUUAGUCAAAUACAAAAAAAAGGCCUUUUUUGUUUUGGUGAUGAACAGAUAAAAGUAAUCGAACAUGAAUCAAUAUACUGGAAUUGUGUUUGUAAGUUUAUUGACCUGUUGAUCCCCCUUCCUCCAGGUGGGCAUGGUGUAGUGUCAACACGCGCUCUGUCUUCAUGUCCCAUCCAUCGAAUGACUUCCUGUCCGGACAGGAUGUGUAUGCUUUAGCUCCUUUUCUGGACCUGCUUAACCAUCGCCCUGAUGUGCAGGUAAACUAGAUUUAGAGCACUACAGUUUUUCAAUAUGUAUAUAUAAAAUAUGUAUAAUAAAUAUGUAUUUAUUUAUCUUUUUGCUAAUUUCAUUAAAGAAAUCAUUUUGUCUGCAGGUAAAAGCAAGUUUCAACAACACGACAAGAUGUUAUGACAUCAGAAGUGUUUCUGGGACUCCCCACUUUCAGCAGGCCUUUAUUAACUACGGCUCCCACGACAAUCAGCGCCUAAUGCUGGAGUAUGGAUUUGUUGCACAAGGAAACCCCCACAGUGUGGUUUAUGUGGAUACAGGUAACCCUAAAAGUUGCAAGAAACUGAAAAAUCUGUUUUACCUAAGCAGCGAUUCUUGGCGCUGAUAAAUGAGACUGAAGCAGAAGUGUAGAAAAACUGCAAUUCCUCAAGUGCACGAGGCUGGAAUUCCUGUUAAUGCACAUGUCAAAAGUAAUCAUUUUUACUGCAGAGGUAAUUAUUUUUACAGCCUGGCAGAGAGGGCUCAGGGUUUGUUUAUAGGUGGCUCAUUCCUUUAUUUCUACAUAUCCAUUUCAUGAUAUGAAGUCUAAAAGCUAUAGACUUGGCGUGAUUGACAGGUAUGCAUGAUGUAACUAACAAUAAUUAUAAUAAUAUAUUUUUACGGGUGCUCAAAGAUGUCUUACAAAGAAAAAGAAGAAAAUAAAAUAAAAAGAGACACAAUUUAAAAUACAGAAAAUUUUGAGAAAUAAAACCAAUGAUGUAAAAGGUUAAAAAAAAAGAUAGCAUGAGAAGACAAUAAAAGAACAGUUCACAGGUUAAAAGCCAAUUUAAAAAGGUGUGUUUUUAGGAGUGAUUUAAAAGUAUGGGGGUCUCUACAGUCUCGGAUGGGUUUGGGGAGUGAAUUCCAGAGGGUGGGGGUGGCAGCGGAGGAGUCUCUGUCCCCCCGAGUUUGGUGCUUGGUCCGGGGGGGUAAGGCAAGGAGAUUUCCCUCUGAGGAUUGGAAGGCACGGGAGGGGGAGUAGUGGUGGAGCAGGUCUGUGAGGUAGGUGGGGGCCAGGUUGUUAAGUGAUUUGUGGGUGAGCAGGAGGACUUUGAAUUGUGUGCAGUAUGAGAUGGGGAGCCAGUGCAGUUUUUGGAGGACAGGGGUGAUGUGUUCUCGGGAGUUGGUGCGGGUGAGCAGGCGGGCAGCAGAGUUCUGAAUGUAUUGGAGUUUAUCGUAUUGGAUGAUGAGCCAUGUAGUAUGCUGUUGCAGUAAUCUAGUCUGGAUGCUUCCUAAAGCUUAUGGCUUGCAGCAGUUGUACGCUUUUGACUGUUUCUCAGGUGAACGAAGUAAGAAUGAGGCAGCAUUUCUUAUAUGCUGAGCCCUACAGCUUCAUAAAUACAUUUCUAGGCUUCACAACAGCUAUUGUGUUUCUUGAUACAGUCUAGGCUGUAUGAAAACUUGAUAACACUGUAAAAUAGCAGGUCCUGUUUGAUAAAAUUAAGUUUACCAUGAGACACAUUUUGUGUUUUUGAUCAAACCCAAAGUGUUUCAUCUUCAGCAUAAUUACCCCUUAAUUUCUGUUGUUUUACAUUUGAAACUGUUAGCUUUAAUCGAUUGGUUUGCAUUUCAAGUUUCCUUCGUAUGAUUAUCAUCCCUCAGAUCUCCUUUGUGACGCUCUAAAACGCGACAGAAGUUUGGAUCAGAAGAUCAAGUUUCUCAGGGAGAAUGACUUCCUCAAGUAAGUAGGGGUUCACUAGUUGACAUGUUUCUCAAAAUAUUAGUUGACUACUCAAUUACUCCUUAGAAAGACAUAAAAAGAGUGGUACUAGUGCACAUUGUACAUCAUACUCUGUGAUGCAAAUAUCUCAAGCAUCACACAAUGAUUUAUCACGGCAUUCAAAAUCACAUUUUAUAUGCAUGAAAAGGAAAAUAACAGGUUGUUUUUUUUUCUAAACAAAACACAUCUUUAGCUGCAAGUCAGAGCCAGUGUCUGCCCCCUUCCUGUGGUAUUGAUGAUUCAACUAGCUGACAUUUAACCACAGUGCUGACAGGUUGUAUAAGUAGUCAGCGAGUUGAUUAGUUGUGAAACUUCUGCCAGAAAGACAACCCACGGUUGACAUCAGGUGUAACUAUUAAGUGUUAUACAUUUAAACCCUUAUUGCUCUACUAGAUAUGCAGUAUUUUUAUUGCAGUGCUCAAGAUUAUUUUUUAUUGUCAUUGUUUUAUUGUCAUUGAUUAAAAACCCAAACAAGCAGAUAGAAGAUAACCAGUGUACAGUCAGAUAAGUUACAUGUCUGAGGUUUGCUCUGAGUUUAUUUAAAAUUAAAACUGGUCAAAAGUUUUGAUGUUUAAAGUCAUUCAGCUUUUUUCUUUUUCUCUAUAACCCCGUCAGUAAUCUCACGGUGUCCAGUGAGGGACCCAGUUGGAGGCUGAUGACUGCUCUCAGACUGCUGUCUCUGCCACAAACACUGUAGUAAGAUCACACGCAAACACAAACACACACAUUCGUUGAUGUCAGUGCAUGUGAGUCAAAGAAAAAAAUAGCUUUACUAAGCACUUCUGGAUGGAUGCAAACUGCAUUUCAUUGCUUUGUACUUAGGACAUGUGCAAUGACAAUGAAGUUGAAUUCUAUUCUAUUCUAAAGGUUUGCUCAGUCUUGUAUGAUUGUUUCUGUAGUCACCAGUGGAAGGCAGUACUGCUCGGCCAGGCGGUGUCUGAAGAGAGAGAGGAAUGGAGCUUACAGACAGCUAGAACUCUCUGUCAGUGUCUGCUACAAGACACAUGCAAGGCUCUGGACAAGGUGUGUGAACACACACAAACUCACUUUGUAUCACAAGAUGUACAAUGUCACAAUUUUUCCCCUGUUUUCACAUGUGUGUGUUCAGAUCUUCUUCCUCCUUCAACAUUGUGACCAACUGACCAGAGAGCAGCUGGAGGUGGUUCAGGCUCUAAGACAGGAGGAGAAGUGCAUCCUGGGAAGCUGUCUCGAAGCACUUGAUGGCAUGUGGGGACAAAGAGAUGGACUGUUGUCAUGCCAACCUGAUGUUGGCAGUGUGAGCUGACAUCUGAUUGGUGAUAUAAUCUGCCAGUUGCUAGAAGCAAGGUUACUGGCCGGACAGCGUCGAUGUUUCUGGUCUGUGUGUCAGCAAUAUGACUGACAGAAAGGUGAAAACAGAUCAGAGAACAACAACAAACACUGU